UGAGUAGUAACUGAUGAGCACGUGAAGGACAGCGCCAGCGAGAAACAAACCAACCCUGAAACCUAAAUCCAAAUCCCACCCUCUCCAACGUCACUCUCACCCCCUCUUUCUUUUCUGUCUCUUCUCUUGUCACACAACAACAUUCAUAGAGUAUUCUCCUCGAUCUUCUUCUUCUUUGCGUGAGAGUAAAAUAAAAAAUAAAUAAAAAAUGUGUUCCGCAGAGAAGGACGGGAUCAUGCUCUUCGGCGUGCGCCUCACCGUAUCGGAUAAUAACCCUACAACCUUAAGGAAGAGCGCCAGCAUGAACAAUCUCUCCCAAUACGACUCUCAACCACCGCACGAUCCCAACGCAGGGUACGCCUCAGACGAUGUCGUUCAUCCCUCCCGUCACACCCGAGAACGCAAACGAGGUGUUCCGUGGACGGAGGAAGAACACAGGUUGUUCCUGUUGGGAUUACAGAACGUUGGAAAAGGAAAUUGGAGAGGAAUUUCUAGAAACUUCGUGAUGACUCGAACCCCGACACAGGUUGCUAGUCAUGCUCAGAAGUACUUCCUCCGCUGCCACAGGCAGAACCGCCGCCGCCGGAGAUCUAGUCUCUUCGACAUCACCACCAACUCGGUGAUGGAACCGUGGCCGGAGAAGGAAGAGGAACAAGCGGCGGCGCCAUCUACUAGGUUGAAACCGGUUCUGCCGGUGCCUCAGUCGUCGAAGAUGGCAGAGUUGGACUUGAAUGGGAAGUCGCUGUCGCUGAAGCUUUCGGUAUCCAAGCCACCUAUUUCUAAUGAGAAUUUUGGCGGUGGUGGGGAUAGCAUUAGCAGUGUUGCUUGAACGGAGUGGUUAAUUAAAUGUGGUAUUGAUUGAAUUUUUGCAUGUAAAGUUGGAAAUAUACUAGUAUUAUUGAAGGGUUGGAAUUUAGAAGAGGGAUAUAGAUUGAUUAAUUAUUGAAAUGUAUGUGUAUAUGAUUAUGAUUCCUGGCACAAAAAUGAAUAGGUUGUAGGUAAUUAGGCAAUUAGUUUUAAUUGCUUGUGUUUGGUGUAUGAUGUGUGCGGCCGGUAAGAGAGGGAGGAUGAAUUGUCAUAUUCGUUGGGUGUUGGGGGAUUGUUGUUUAAUUUGUCUGUCUCUGAAGUGGGACUGUGAAACAAUGGGGCAUAGGGUGCUCGGUCUAUGCCAUUGGUCUACCUAUUGUCAUUGGGUGAUAUUAA